AUGACGGAUAACCCUUCUCCACCUCCAUCAUCUGGCUCCGGCCCUCCUCCGCCGUCCUCCCACUUCCCAACUCACGAUGGACCUCGAGUCUGGGUUUUGUCUGCCGGUGACUCGCCGAUUGGUAUUUCGCUAACGCGCCAACUGCUAGCCCAUGGCGACCAAGUGGUGACGGGGAUUACUCCGUCGAAUCCAGAGAGAGAGGAUCCGCGAAGGGUGAAUUUCGAUGUCUUCUUGGACGAGAUCAGCACCGAGGAUGAGUACAAAGGGUGGUUGGAGAGGCUUGAGACCGUAGAGUUGGAUAUCAGAUUGAUGAGUGACUGUCAGGUAGCCAUUGCUGCUGCUAUCGCUAAGUUUGGAAGAAUUGAUAUCCUUUUCUGCUGUACAAGCCAAGCUAUAAUUGGAGCAGUCGAAGAACUCGCGGUUUCGGAACGAACCCAGGCUUUGGUGAGAGACCAAUUCGAAACCAAUUACUUCGGCCCUGUCAACUUGAUCAAGGCUGUAUUGCCGCAGAUGCGAAAACAAAAGGCUGGUCAUAUUAUGGUCCUUGGCGGAAUCACGGGACAUAUAGGGACACCAGGUCUUGGGGUAUAUUGUGCUGCAGGCUGGGCACUUGAGGGUUUCUGCGACAGCAUCGCAUACGAAAUCGCCCCUUUCAACAUUCGCGUGUCCAUCCUCCAAUGUAACAUCGAAAUUGGAAUCCUCUCCAACCUCGUCACCAGCGUUCCUCCCAUGUAUCCCACCUACUCUCGCACAGCUAACCACGCACCAUUAUUCCGCGGAAUCCUGAAUGACAUUCUCUCCCGCCUCCCAAGCGUCACGGGGUACCCUGAUUCACCUGUCCCAUCACCAAUAUCCGAUCCAUCCCCUUGCUCUGUCUCCACCACCUCCACCAGUAACCCGGAAGCCCACCACGAACAAAACACCAUAGACGCGAACCUCCAUCCACUUUCCGCAAAGACCAUUGUUUCCCUCUAUCCGCCGCUCAGUCCUGCACAUCUGGAUCUUCUCACGGCGGAAACUAUACACGCCAUUACCGCUAUCGGAGGCCAUGAGAAUCCACCAGCACGACACAUUGUUGGUGCUGAAUCCGUGGCCAGUGUGAAAGAGAAGUUAAAGACAAUAAGCGAAGAGCUGGAGGAUUUCAUAGCUUGCAGUUCUGCGGUGGAUAUUGUUAGCGAUGAGAAUGCCAUGCGUGUGGUUAGCGAGGAGACUACGGCACAAGCUGCUAUCCCUUAA